AUGUCGCAUCAUAUAAAGACUGGUUAUCUUCGUUAUUAUUAUAAGGGUUUAUUAUCAAAAAAAUGGAAAGACUUUUAUUUUGUACUUUUUGAUGAUUCAACAUUACAAUGGUAUGAAAAACAAAGUGAUCGUAAACCAGAAGGAUCAGUACGUGUUCGUGAUAUAGCACAAAAUCUUUGUGUUGGACCAUAUACAAGAUGUUUACCAAAUCGACCACCAUUUCCUCGACCAACUGAUGAAGCUAAUCUUAUUGCUUUACCACGAUCGUCAUCCGGACAUCAUAGUCCAGAUAUUAUAUGGAUUCUUUGUAAUGAUGUUACUCAUCUCAAUGAUUGGAUGAAAGCAAUCGUUUCUACAUUACCACCUCCACCUCAACAACCUUUGCCACCACCUUCUCAGCAAUAUGGUCAAGCUGUUCAACCAUCUGCUCCGCCAUCUGGUCCUCCACCACCCUAUUCAUCUUCAAGUCCCUAUCCUCCACAACAACAACAACGUCCGAUGUAUCCACAAUUGCAAGGUAAUCAACCACAACAAUCGUAUCGUUCACCAUAUGGAGGUACAGGUGCACCAAAUAGUCAACAACCAAACUAUCCUCAUACAACGGUAGUCGUUCAACCUUCGCCCACCUAUGGUGGUGGCGGAGGAGGAGGUUAUGGUGGAUAUGGAGGAGGCGGUGGAGGAAGCUCACUAGCUGGAGUAGGAUUAGGUCUAGCUGGUGGAGCAUUACUUGGUGGUGCUCUUGGAUAUGCAUGGGGAGGUGGAUUUGGUGGCCAUGGAGGUUGGGGUUAUGGAAUGGGACCGGCUGGAUCUUAUGGUGGUUACGGCGGAUGGGGUGGAGGUAAUGACACGACCACUAUCAAUAACUAUUAUGAUAAUGAUACAACAAAUAAUUAUAAUCAAGAUACAACAAAUAAUGGCACAAAUAAUUAUGAUACAAGUCAACAACAAACGGAUAGUUUUCAAUAUGAUACAAAUAAUGACGGUGGAAAUUUUGACUAUGGAGGAGGUGGAUCAGAUGAUUAUGCUGGUGGUGCUGACUUUGGUGGUGGUGACGAUUUUGGCGGCGGAGAUUAUGGUGGUGGUGAUUUCGGUGGUGGAGACUUUGGCGGAGGUGAUUUUGGAGGAGGCGAUUGGUAA